GAAGAACUGGAAGACUGGUUAAUUACUGUACUAAAAUGGAGUAUUUACCUGUAGAGGUAAGAUAUUUUUUGGAUGUACUGUGGUUUUAUUUCUUAGCUUUGUCUUGCAGCUCCCAGUCCAAGAAGCAGAUUAAUGGCAUUGUUUGACAAGCAUUUCACGGAGAACAAAGCUGCUUUAGGAGGUUUCUGCAUACCUCCAUCUGUCUUUUCGUUGCGCUCAUAGGUGCUCUGAUGUAGCUGCUAUGAAGUAUCACUAAAAUGAUUAAUUAAAAAAAAAAAAAAAAACAAUGAAAAACCACUUUUUUGGCGGACUUCUACAACCUGAUGAUAUUUCUUUGAUCCAUUUUGUACUGUUGCCCCAGAGAAGAUGAGUUUGAAUAAUUGAAGAAGUGAUGAGCUAGUGUGGGGCAGCAUGGACUGGCAAGGAUAAAUAGGAAAUUUUCUCCUUAAGAAAAGAUCUGUAUAAUGAAACCCUCAGGAUUGGGAAGCUUUAGUCCUCGGUAUUGGAUCAAGUGACUACUGGAGAUUUUCAGUCUCAAUGCUUUAAUACUAUUGGGUUUUACUAUGCUGUUUUGAUUGUUCAUGAGUUCUAAGUAGCCACCAAGAAAUGUGAAACCCUUGGAUUGCUCUAACCCUGUGUAUUAGGAUGCUCCUGUUUGUUAUCACUUCCUCUGAUACUGUUUAUAUGCUGCAUUCACCUCGAUCGUUCCUAAUGUGGUUGUUCUUGAUGAAGGAUUCUUCUUUCUUGCAAGCAGGCAGGACAGCAUUCAGUUCAAUACCUCGGUUUCUGAAUGCUAAUUAUAUGCUUUAAAAUGCACCAAUCAACUCAUUAAGUAUUGAAACGAGUUGUGGACAUUUAACGUUAUUGACAUUAAUGCAAAGUUAGCUGAAAAUUUAAAUAGAAUGUACAAAGAAAUGCCUCUAUGCAGGUUUUAACUUCUUAAGUUGGAUUUUUUGUGAUUAGCAAGCAAAAGUUAAAGACAGCUUCUCCGAGUUUGAGUUUCCCCUUUAAAAUGUUUAUAUCAGAAAAUGUUACGCAGCAGUUACAGUUCAAAGAACUCUGUUUUCCUUUGCACUGUUAUGAAAGACUGACAGAAAGUCACGAUGGGGUUUCUGUCGAGACAGGACAGUGAACGCUCCCCUUCACCCUGAUUAAAGAGCUCAUGGGACAAGCUGGUGCUCAGCAAAAAAAAACCAUCCUCAGAGGUCAGCUGGGAGCCUGCAGUCCCAGAUGCUUGCAGUGACAUGCAGUAUUGCUUUCUGCUGCACAUUUUUGUGAACUGUGGCCGAGUAGUUCUUGUUGGUUUAGCAAUUGAUACUGGAACAAGGCAAGGAUGCCACUUUCCCAAAUAUGGUUGGUAGUUAGGCAAGUACUUUGCUAUUGCUUUGAAACAUGUGGUGCCGUGAUGUUGCUUGGCCCUGCGUUCAGUCUGCAGUGGUGCCUGCCCAAGCAGUCUUUAGUGAGCUGGUUGGGGAUGCUGAGCUGGUUCAACAGAGGAGGGAGAGAGUGGCCCCAGCCAGAGCUAUGUUAGAGCAGAAACGUUACAGGUUUGCUGGACAGACCCUUCGGCAGUGAUGAGAAAGCUAGUGAGCACUUCUUGGUGUUAACUCCUUCAUAAAGUGGACCUUUGAAUUUGUCUGACUGGGCUUGUUCUGGUCUGUUCAGAGUUUCCUGCCUGGUGACAACCCCUGAAUCAUUUGGGAGUGACUGCUUGGCUAGCAACUCCUGCAGAAGCAGUUUUCCCUCUUAGAGGGAGCCAAGCUGUUCGGGGACUAAGGCUAGUGCCAUUAGUGCUGGGGAAUCUGAGGCAUGUGAUGACGUGAUGUCUUCAUCCCAUGGAAAUGUAGUCUGUUUUGUCAAAAUGCAGGCUGGCUCACACAACCCUGUGGCAUCCUUUGUCCUCUCGAGCCAUUUCUCUUUUUUAAUUUUUGAGCAUUUUUAAGUGAGGUCCUUUCUGAGGUAUCAUACAGUUUCAUCACGUGUUACGUACACUGCCCCCUGGGAUUGUUGCUCAGGGUCACAGCAGUUCCAGGAUCAGCUCAGUGACAGCUCAGGUUCCAUUUGCAGAAGACUGUGGUAGGUGAGGCACGCACGGUAACGUGGUAUGGCAACCCCGGAGAAUUAGUGUGUCUGAGAAACAGCACAGCUUCCUGAUUCUGGCUUUGAAGGCCAUUGAGGACAUCUCAAUCCUGUAGCCAAAGCAGUGGAAGAAGAAAUUGUUGCAGUGUAGUCUAGGUUAUCAGUUAUCAUCCUUGCACUGCAGACAGACUUUAGGCAUCAUUCAGCAAAUCUGUUCAAAACCCUUUGAUCUAAAUGUGCAUUACAACACAGGAUUUUUAAACAAGAUGUGUUAAUUGUGUCAUAUAGUUCAUGCGUGUCUAACCUUUCGGCUUGCCUGGUCCACACUGUGUGGACAGGAAUUGUCUUGGACCACAUAUACGAAGUGUGCUCCGAAAGUAAUACCUCCUAUUUAUUUCCACAGAAACUGCAACUGAUACAAAGAGCACAAUAACGCUGUUUGGUAAAGCAAAAGCUCAGCUACAGAACGCUAUUUUUCAACAUAGUCACCACUGUUAGCUAUGCAUUUUCAACAGCAAUGAACAGGAGCCUGCAUCUGUGCCAUUGGAGAUGAUCCACUGUUGCCACUGCUGAAAUGCCCCACCCAUUGCCUCACUGUGCUCACAUCCACUGUUUGGUCUUCAUCAGCAUUCAGCAAGCAUCAGUAAAUGUCACCGGGUGCCAGUUUUUGCACAUGAAGGAAUUCAGUGACACACCUUUCCUUCAUGCACGCGUCCAUGCCAGAUGCCAUGUUGUCAGACUGCCCCUCUGCUGCCACCUGUCACACAGCAACAGCAUGGAAUGGAAUAUUGGCAGGAAGGUUCAGCCUCUACUGCCGUACCACCAGCAUCCACCUCUGGCUUCAUGGGCCAGCAUCAUAAGAUAAAAGGCAUUACUUUCAAAACAGCUCUCACAAGAUACAUAAUGAAGUUACUUCAUAUAAGUAACAAAGCUUAUUUUAAUCUUUAAUAUUUUUUAUUAAAAUAAAAGAGAGCAACAAAAACAUAGAGCUAGUGGGAAAUGUGGCCCUGCUUUUGUGAAACUAAAGCAUCAGACCGAUUUGAUGGCUGUGGUUGUAAGUCUUAGUGAGCUCUUGAGAUUUUUGAUGAAAUUUUACUCCUCCUUUACAUCAUCCUCAGCAAUGGCUGUUAACAAAUGUAUGUACUGCCAAAAAGUGAUGCCAUGAAUAAGGUGUGACUGUGAAGGGAGAAGUGUUUUUCUCUUGCGAGAUUGGGCUUAUAAAAGUAAAGGGACGUGGUCAGAUUUUUGAGUAGAAUGUCUGAUUGCAGCUCUAUGCACUCCAUUUGAAAAUUGGCAGGUAACGUGUUCAUGUCGACCGAAAAUGGAGCUGCAGAUAUACCCAGGGCAGGGGGUGUGGGGCACGGCCCAGCCACAUUGCCAGCUGUGUUGGGCUGCAUGCAGCCUGCCGGCAGGGCAGCUCAAAUCUACAUGCUGGGUUCUUGAUAUGAGUUCUUCCUACUGUUACAACUCAGCUUCAGAAGCAAAAUUCCUCUUUCCCUAUUGCCUGCUACAUCAGUAGUACUGGUACUGUUUCUUUGUUCUUAGUAAAGUGCAUGCAGAGUCCUUGAACAGGUUGUUAAACCAAGGUUAGAAUUCACUUGUUUAUUGUUAAAAAUCUAACCCUGUGCUACGGUGCUUGAAACUUUCCAGCUCCUCUAGAGAAAGUACAGAAAGGUAAAUCUUAUCAUGUGUCAGAGGCCAAGAUAAUUUGGUUAGGUAGGUAGCCCCCUAAGGUAACUUGCUUUCAAGUGACUGUUCUGCUUUGGCUGACUUUUCUUUGCCAGCUACUCUGUUUUCAGUCUCAGUAGUACCACCUGCUGCUUUGCAAGCUCCCACCUGCUUGUUUAAACCUGUAUAACAGAAACAGAGAAAUGCCAUAACCUAUUCAAGCUCAGACCACGUCAAAUGCUUCUGCAUUUGAGCCAGAAGGAGGACUAAUGUGCGUGAAGGAUUGCCCAGUUUGGUUUUCGUUUGUUUAUUUCUCAAACCUGGCAGUGCUUGCAGGAACUGGGAAGAUCGAAGGCAGAUGUUUGCAGAAAAGUAACUAAGGUGCUGACAAGUUUUGACAUCUUCAUCCUCAUAAACAUGAGUGAAGUUCAGGCUAUGGUAGAAUUCUCCGUGGAGCUCCACAAAUUCUUCAAUGUGGAUUUGUUUCAAAGAGGCUUUUACCAGAUUCGUGCAUCUAUGAAAAUUCCUCCAAGAAUUCCACACAAAUUAGAAGCUAGUUUGUUACAUGCAACUGGUGCAGAUCUUGCCUUUCCUGCUUCAAUUCAUGACAAUAUAGUUUACAGUAAAACAUUUCAGAUUCUCUACAAAAAUGAGGAAGUUUCUGUGAAUGAUGUGAUGAUUUUCAAAAUAAAAAUGCUGUUAGAUGAGAGGAAGAUUGAAGAGUCUCUUAAUGAAAUGAAUUUUCUGCUAACGUUAGACCUACACUUCACGGAUACAGACUAUUCACCAGAUGACCUGAGCACACUACAGCCAAUUAGUAGCCGAACUUUAAAGUUGCACUUUAACCUACACCGGGGCCUUCAUCAUUACGUCAAUGUUAUGUUUGAUUACUUUCACCUUUCUGUCAUAUCGGUUAUAGUCCAUGCUUCUCUGGUUGCUCUGCAUCAGCCCUUGAUAAGUUUUCCUCGCCCAGUGAAGAAUACGUGGUUAAACAGGAAUGCACCAGCACAAAAUAGGGACUCUGUGAUUCCUUCUCUGGAAAGCGUGGUCUUUGGCAAUAACUACACAAAGCAGUUAUCAGCUGAUGGUUGCAGUUUUGUUGUUUCAGAGUCUUUCCUCAGCCAUGCCUAUAAUUUCCACUAUACACUUUGUGCCAGCUUGCUGCUUGCUUUCAAAGGCUUACAUAGCUAUUUCCUUAUGAUAACAAAGGAGCUCCCCUCUUCUCACCGAAUUGAACUGGCCAAGGCCAGCAUGCAGGUCCUUUAUGAACGCCUUCUCAGAAGAAAAUUUCCACGAACCCAGAGAGACGCCUACCUAGAAAACAUCGAUGUAGAAGUUCGUCUUUCAGAAUUGUGUGAAGAAGUAAAGAAAAUGGAAAAUCCUGAUGAACUGGCAGAACUUAUAAAUAUGAAUCUUGCUCAGCUUUGCUCACUUCUAAUGGCUCUCUGGGGGCAAUUUCUAGAGGUCAUUACCUUACAAGAGGAGGUCACGGCAUUGCUAGCACAAGAACAUCACACAUUAAGGGUGCGUAGAUUUGCAGAAGCAUUCUUCUGUCUUGAGCAUCCUAGGCAGGCUGCCCUUGCCUAUCAAGAACUACAUGCUCAAAGCCACCUACAAAUGUGUACAGCUAUCAAAAACACUUCCUUCUGCAGUUCUCUUCCACCUCUUCCUAUUGAAUGCAGUGAACUAGAUGGAGAUACAAACUCCUUGCCUAUAAUCUUUGAAGAUCGGUAUUUAGAUUCAGUUACUGAAGACAUGGAUGUACCCUGGUUGGUAGUUCAGAAUCUUCCAAGGUCAGAGUCCAAUAAACUGGAUAAAAUUGAAGCUGAAGAAGGUUUUGUAGCUGGAUUUACUAGCCCGGAAUUGAAAAUAAGACCUGCAGGUGCCUCCAGCCUUUGGCAUUCAGAAAAUGAGAAGAUGCUAACAAAGUCCUUGAAAGGGAAAAAUGAAGAUGCAAAUAAACCCAAAGUUAAGGUUACUAAGCUUAUGAAAACAAUGAAACCUGAAAAUACAAAAAAAGUCGUGAAACAGAACUCUAAGGACUCUGUGGUCUUAGUAGGCUACAAAUGUUUGAAAAGUGCAGCACUGGAAGAUGCCUCUAAAAGCCCAGAAGGCAGGCCUUCAUGCAAUACUAAUGAAGGGCUGGACCCUGCAGUAAGUGGAUUUCCUUGUGAUACAAAGACCUGCACCAGGCAAGUAAGUCAAAGAGAAUUUGUGUGUUUGUCAUCUGGAACUGAGGAAAAGACUGCUAAGAUUGAAGGUGUUCAACCAAGUCAGGGUAGCCCCGUGCACAGUGAAAACGUGGCUAUUUUUAGUAGACUUACUAUCUCCCAGGCAGGCCCUGGAACUGUACAAGCAGAUAGUGCUUUACAACCCAGAGAUACACUUGAAGGUUGUCAUGGAGGUCAGCCAGCUUCCUUGGGAGUUAGGACAAUUGAGGUCAAACCAAGUAGUAAGAAUCCCUAUGAAGGGGAGAAAGUAACUGUUCAUAUUGGAUCGUGGGCUGAGCUUCCACAAGAUGGAGUGCAAGGAGAGAAUCUUCAGACACCCAAUAUUCAAGCUUCAGAAUCCGGAAAUAAGUUGCAUUCAGGAGAACCAGUGCUUGAAAAGGAAGAUGUCCAUGAAAAAAGCUUCCAACACACCAGUGAUGUCUUAACGAAAAUGAAAAAUAAUCAGCCUAGUUUAUCUACAAAAGAAAGUCAACUUUCUGUAAGCGGAGACGUCACUAAAUUACCAGACGUUAAUGUGACAUACGCCUCUUCUAGGUUUUCAGAUUCUGGCAUAGAAAGUGAACCGAGUUCUUUUGCAACUCUCCCCAACCCUGAUCAGGUUUUUGAAAAUGUUCAGGGGCAAAGUGCAUGCAAUGCUGAGAGAUUAUUUCCUCAGCUUUUACUGAAACCAGACUAUGCUAUAAAAAAUGCAUUGGAAAGCCAUUGUACUGAGAGUACCAGUGCUGUAAGUGAAAUACAAUCAUCCUUGACAUCCAUAAAUUCUCUGCCUUCAGAUGAUGAUGAGUUGUCACCUGAUGAGAAUUCAAAGAUAACUAUAGUACCUGAAUGCCAGCUAAGUGACAGUAAAACUGUACUGGAUCUUGGAGCAAUUGACUUGCCAAAAUGUGAUGACAGUAAAAAAUCAAGUACCAAUGUGCAGCAGCAUUGUGUUGUAUUUUCAGGGCAUUCAGAUAAAGAAACUCUGUCUAUACACUCCUCAGUCUCAGGAACAAAAGAACUUUUACACUUAGUUGUUUCAGAUGAAGUUACAUCUUCUGAUGUGAAAAGUAACAGCCUGCAGGCAGACCUUGGCACAACCUGUACGGACUCUCAGGUCCUUGAAAGAUAUUGCGACACUACAGAAGACGCAGCUAAAUUGCAUUUAGAAAUUACUUGCAUGGGUGAGCCAUCUGUUCUUUCAGGUCCUUCAUCUCUAAAUGCAGGGUAUGAGGUUGAAAAACCAAAUGAAGGAAAAUAUAAUGAGCCUUUAGAACUAAAGGAGGCAGUGGAAGAACUGUCAGCAGCUAAAAGUGACACUGGUACAGAUAAUCCUUCUCCAACCAGUAGUACUGACAUAGUAAAGCAGGGGCUUGUAGAAAACUAUUUUGGCUCUCGAAGCAGCACAGAUAUUUCAGAUAUUUGGCCUAUGGACAACAGCAAUCCCGUUAGCCCUCAAAAAGAAACAUAUGAAAAACAAAUUAUUUGCUCUUCCCAACAAGACGACGAAGAAGAGGAGGAUCAAGAAAUGAUUGAAAAUGGAUAUUAUGAAGAAACAGACUAUGGUAUAUUAGAUGGAGCUGCUGGUGCUGGCCAAGAUCCUGACUUAGCAGAAGAAAGAGCCCUGAGGUCUGAAAGGAUUGAUAGUGGGCAUCUGCGUGAUGGAAUAACUGUGCCUCCCGUCUGUACUCCUGGCUGUCUGUCUUUUCCUUCUUCUCUGAGAGACUCUCCUUGCAACGUUAUCUGUUCUUCAAGGAACAAAUCUGAUGCAAUUACGCAGCAGCCAGGCAGCACAUCUUACAGCUCAGCUUUGCCUGUUUCCUGGUAUGAAAGCUCCCCAAAGCCUCAAAUGCUAGCUUUCCUUCAGGCUAAGGAAGAACUGAAGCAACUUAAACUUCCUGGAUUUAUGUACAGUGAUGUUUUCAAACUGGCCUCUUCAGUACCUUACUUCAGUAUGGAAGAGGACGACUGUUCAGAAGAAGGAAUACAUCUUAUAGUCUGCGUCCAUGGCCUAGAUGGUAACAGUGCAGAUUUAAGAUUAGUGAAGACUUACAUUGAGCUGGGGCUGCCUGGAGGGAGAAUAGACUUUCUUAUGUCUGAAAGAAAUCAGAAUGAUACCUUUGCUGAUUUUGAUUCCAUGACAGAUCGCCUUUUAGAUGAAAUUAUACAGUAUAUACAGAUCUAUAAUCUAACCCUUUCAAAAAUCAGCUUUAUUGGCCAUUCACUGGGUAAUUUAAUAAUUCGUUCAGUGCUCACAAGACCUCGAUUUAAAUAUUACCUCAACAAACUUCAUACCUUCUUGUCUCUGUCUGGACCACAUCUUGGUACUCUCUACAACAGCAGUGCUCUUGUUAAUACAGGACUGUGGUUUAUGCAGAAAUGGAAGAAGUCUGGGUCUCUGUUGCAGCUGACGUGUCGAGACCACUCGGAUCCACGGCAAACAUUCUUAUACAAGCUUAGUAAAAAAGCAGGUCUUCAUUACUUCAAAAACAUUGUCUUAGUUGGAUCUCUGCAGGAUCGUUACGUUCCUUAUCACUCUGCUCGCAUUGAGAUGUGUAAAACAGCUUUAAAGGAUAAACAAUCAGGACCAAUUUAUGCUGAAAUGAUCCAGAACCUGCUUCUGCCAGUUCUUCAGAAUAAGGAAUGUAAUUUGGUUCGUUACAACGUGAUUAACGCAUUGCCCAAUACAGCAGAUUCUCUCAUAGGGAGAGCUGCACACAUUGCUGUUCUUGAUUCAGAAAUAUUUCUAGAGAAGUUCUUUCUUGUUGCUGCCCUGAAGUACUUUCAGUAGAGAAGAGCAUCGUAAGAGACUCGGUUAUUACCUCAUUAACAGAUGAAUCAAAUAAUGUGUGAUAUUAAAGUAUAGCUGCAGCUGUAUUUUAAGAGAUAUUUAUACUUUUUAUAUGGAAGAUAAUUUAUAUCAUCCACACUUAGGGCUUUUUAACAUCAACUUUACUUUCUAGGUAAUGUGGCUGUGCAAUAUUUUUUUAUUUUGUUCUUUUUACUUUUCUAUUACUUUUUCUUAAUUUGGGGUACCUGAUUAUUUGGAGAUUAAAGCACAGUGUGUACUCUGUUUGGUUUCUUCUUGGCUCUUAAGACUACAGAAGUCAACGUUACUUGGCUGCAUUUUACAAGAGGCUUUAGAUGCCAGAAUUAAUUGGAUUUAAAAGCUCUGCUAAGGUAUUACACGUGCAGUUGUAUUUUAGCACUGUAGGAAGUUUAACUGGAAACAAACCGAGCUGCUAAAAUACUGUAUAUUUGGAAACAGCUCUAUCUGUGAGUCUCACAAAGACCAUUACCGAGUUGUCUGUUCGGACAUCGCAGCAUCUUAACAAUUUUCUACACAGUCAUUAUCAGCAUUAGCAAAUACGUUAUGCCUGUGGGAAUCUAUUUUCUACUGAUCUCAAAAACACAUUAGUUUACAUAUUCAAUUUUAUUACUGGAACUUUAGUUUUCAGAAGCAAACGGCAACUAAGGAUUUUUGAAUGUUUAAUGAUAGCUGCCUUCAAACAAUUGGGGUUUUGCAAACCGUAUUCAAACUGCUCCUUACUCUGUCGGUUCCUCAGACGAACGCGGACUGUUUUACAUGGACUUCCUUGUAUGGACGUGAAAGAAGUAAAUGUUAUAAACUUCUGCAAUACUUUUAUGAAUUUAUUCAAUUUUUAAAUAUUGUUCAAAUGUUUUAUUGACUACAAAGUAUUGUAAAUAGAACUCGAUACAUCUUCAAAUGGGACACUGUUGUAAACUUUACCUGUUCGGUGAUGCAGAUAAAAUGUUUUUGAUAUACAGGAAUGUUAAAGGUCUAUUGACUUUCUACUGGUGCUGAAUAGCAUUGAGUUUGGUUUCUCCUUCCUUCCCUUUCCUCUGUUUCAAACAAGAAUUCACUAAAGGUGGGGGGAAAAGGGUUACACGUGCAUUCACUAACUGUAACGAACAUUUUUGGAGAGACAUAAAUUUGUUGUAUAAUGCAUGUUUAUUUUUAGCAUUGUGUUAUUGCAUCUGGUGUUAAUAAAAUGAACAAAUGACUCUAAUGGAAGCAAUUAAAGGAACUGAAAUCUUCUGCUAAUUACCAAAUCCCGGGGAGGCAUUUUUGUAUAUAAUUGUUAAUUUUGUAUUAUUUGAAAUGAAUGUAGCAAUAAUAGUUUGUAAUGAAGUAAUUUUACAUUUUA